GAACGUAGUUGCGGGGCGGCGGCGCAUGCGCAGUCUGGGAACGGCGAGCGAGGUGCUGAGUGAGCGAACAGCGUCACGGUCUUCCUCUUGUUUGGCUGCGAAUUUGCCGCGAUACUGAGUCGUUCUGGAGGCGGAGACGAGAUACAGAAAAAUGAGUCGUUCACCGCAACAUGCUGUGGCCAAUGGAGCUUCACCAGUUCGUGAAAGGUCGAGGGACCCUUCAUUUUCCCGGUCAAGAUCACGCUCCAGAGACCGACGUGAAACCUACAAACACUCCUCUAGAAGUUCUGGUUCCCCAAGAUACCGCGAGGACCGCUACCGAGAGGACAAAUAUUCCUCCUCACGCCGCAGAGAUUCUCGUUCCCCAUCUUACUCCAGAAACAGAAGGAGUAACAGGUCGCCAAUGUCGAAUCGCCGCCGUCAUCACGGGAGCAGAGAGGAUCCGUCCCCGAGCAACUGCCUAGGCAUCUUUGGACUCUCUCUCUACACAACCGAGAGACAGCUUCAUCACCUCUUUGGCAAAUAUGGUCAUAUCAAUGAAGUUCAAGUUGUACUAGAUGCUAAAACUGGGCGAUCAAGGGGAUUUGCGUUCAUCUACUUUGAUCAUGUGGAUGAUGCCACAGAAGCCAAGGAGCAGUGCACUGGCAUGGAGAUUGAUGGAAGGCGGAUCAGAGUGGAUUACUCCAUCACAGAGAGAGCCCACACACCCACUCCUGGCAUAUACAUGGGUCGACCAACUUAUUCAAGCUACGGUCGACGAGGUGGAGGUGGAGGUGGAGGUCGCCAUGGAGGAGGAGGAGGAUACGGAAGUGGCAGCCGCAGUCGCCGCUCCCCGUCGUACCACAGGGGCCCUCCUCCGCGACGCUCGUACCGCUCACGUUCUCGGUCGUACUCUCCACGCUUGAAGAAUGGAAGUAUUGGUGAAUAUUGGAAGAUGAGAAAAUCUUAAUGAGUCGGAAGAUUAGAAGCACUGGCCGGGUUUCUUUGGGGAACAUUGGAGAAGAAUUGUUGGCGAAGACAGAACAGGCUGACAAUAUUCACCACUGUUGUAAUAAGCAAGAAAUGGAAUGUUUCCAAGCAUAUGAAGAUCUCACACUAGAAUUUUGUGAAGCUUCAAGGGAAAUUGGAGAAGUAAUGAAGAUGGCAGUUGGUUUGAAGAAGGAAAUAAGGCGGGUAAAAGGGUAACACAAGAAAAAACGAGGGAAGGCAGUAAGGAAGGGAAGUAAAGUUGAAGCAAAGUCGCAAAAAACUGGGUCAAGACGAAGGAAUGCAAGAGUUUUCUCAGGUCAAAAGGGCGUAUGGUCAACCCGAGUCUUCCUUGUUGAACACCACAUCAUCAUCAUCCUCAUCCUCACAGGGGAAGUGUCAGUACUGCCAUGAGGUAAUCCUUCGUCUCAUUUAUGUUGGAAACCCUCCGAUAACAGCCUCUUUUUACAAGAUUUUCGUUUCCACGUAGACUCGGAUUUUGAAAAAGUAAAUGGAGAAAAUUUCUUUUUGUAUUUAUAUUUGGGGAACAGGUUCACGUCAAGACAAAGGUUUUGAUAGCUUCAUCAGAUCCCUUCCAGUCACAUUUUUUCUUUAUUUUCUUUUUUCAAGUUUCAUCUUUUGGGGAGGCCAGUAUUUGCUUGUCAGUGUGAAGCUUCUUGUGCAGCAAAGAGCUCAAGUGUAGAGAUCUUGAUAUCUAACUCAUGGAAAGCUACAUAUCAUUUCAAUGAGCAUGGAUUCCAACUGCAGAGAAAGCUUUUAUUAAGUCAAAUAUUUAAAACAGAUCACGGCAAAGAGAAUACUUGAAGCAUACAGUGGAACUUGUUCUUUGUAUUAAUUAGCCGCUAUACAAUAUGGAAUCGCCCUUCCGCUGUUGGACCCAUGACUGGUGAGUUGACCAUUGUCCAAGAGGUGUUGGUUGAGUGGCCAUUCCUUUCAUUGUAUUGCGGUUUUAUUAAUAUGACUAGUUUUGAAAUGAAGAAAGAAUAUUGCAGCCAAGAAAGUGAAUGGGGUUUUUGUUAAUGAAGACCUUCCUUUUCAGGUCCUCUUAUGUAAUUUCACAUGCUUAUGAUGACAUGUGAAACCUAGAUGUUUGUUUUAUUGAUUUUCAAACCGAAAACAAUAAUCUAAGUCCAUGGUGUCUAAUAAUGCCAAUGCUGUGCCAUCACUUUUUAGCUAUUUGUACAAUUGCUCAGCCUCUAGAACAACAAUUUUUUGCCUUAAACAUACAGCACACUUGACAGACAAAAAAAUUGUCAAGGCACACCAUUAGUUUCUCAAGUCGCUGAAUCUGGUUGCUGUGCUGACUGCACGUGGCUCAAAAUCCACGCAAUAGACUUUCAUGAGUGGCCACUCUGAUGGGUGUGUGGCUAGAAGGCUAGGCACACACGUACACUAGUGGGCCAUGUAAAGACUUCUUGCCUUCCCUUUGCAACAUUAUCUUUUUCUGCUUAAGCAUUUUUAGCUUUUUUGUCAUUUUCCAUUGUCUAUAUUUGUCACUUGACAUGUUCUAUCCAGAUAGUAAUAGACUGUUUUCCUUGUACAGACUCCAUAUCAUUUCCCUAGCUAGUCCAUAACUCAGUGCAGUGAUAGUAACAAUGAGUAACAUUUGUCAUUUGUGUAAUUUUAUUUAUUUUAUUCAUAAUAUUCUAUUUUCUGUAAUACAACCUCCACCUCUGAUCAUGGCAGGCAGGAAUAGGAUCUUGUGCAUGAUAUAGUGUUCUCCUUGGAACCAGCAGUCUUCUAGUCAUGGCUCACAGAUGGCACAUUCCACACUCAUUUAUCAAUGGAAAUAAUGCCAGAGUCCAUUCCUAAAUGCCCACUGAGUCUAAUCACCCUCCAAGAACUUUGUGCACUUGUGGUGAGUCAUUCCCGUCACCCCAGUCUUUAGCUGAAAUUCUCAUGGUAGGAAGUUCCUGUCCCUCCAGCCCACAGCCAUAUUUUCCCAGGAAGGCAUGUUAAUGUGACCUGGAUUUUAGGGUGUGGGAUAGGUCGUGAAAAAAAACUUAAUAAGAUAGUGUCUAAAGUUGAAUAGCUAGCAUUUGCUGAGAAUAAUUGGCUGCAUAGUAACGUUUAUUGCCACAUCAUACAUGAAUACACAAAACAGCAAGUUCAUAUAUCAGCCACAGAAAAAAAGUUAGAGUACUCUUUAAAUUCAUUUCCUUUUUAUUUUUUAUUUAUUUAUCAUAUUUUGUUUUCUUUCUCAGUUUUCAAACCUCCCUUAAUUAGAGGUGUGUGACACAUUGGUUGAAAAUUGCUAUUCUAGAGGUUGUUUGUACGAGUCAGUAUCAUGUCAGUAUCAAUAUAAUGUUCUAUAGAAAAGAAAUAAGGAAAUUAAAUAUAUAUAUUGAUAAAACCAUUGCCUAUAUAGAAAGGUAAUUUGUUUCAAUUUAAACAUUAAUGAAUGCAUUGUUCAUUCAAGUCCUUGUUAUUCCAAAAAAGAAAAAGAAAGAAAAUCAGUAAAUUGUAUCAAGCAUUUGAAAGGUUGAAAUCUACUUGUGUCCAGCAGUAGAAAAUAUGUAAUAUAAUGUAAAGUUUUUGCUAUUAUCGAGAACAAAUUUGUAUUGAUUUAAGCAUAGUUGUAAUUGCUUUUUUUGGCAAGAGCUUUAAACAAUAUAUUGUCUUGAAUAUGAUAGACUUUGCAUGAAGAGCAUAGAAAAUAUGUUUAGUGUAGCUUUUUUGAAACUAGAUUUCUAAUAGGACAUUUUAGCAGAGUUCUCAUUACAUUUUUGUAUAACUAGUAGGAAAUUAUGUGACUUGGUGUUUUAGUAUUGGCUAGAAGUUUGGGAAAGUGAAUUCUGUCAACCUUUUAAAUUCGAGUGUGAAAGAGAAGCAAUUAUAGAUCAGUAAAUGAAUAAAUCUUCAGCUUCUGUAUAAGCAGGUAAGCAGUGCAUCUUUUAUUCAUGUUAAAUUGUUCCUUGAGAGUCUUAUGCCUAAACUCUUUCUAGCUUUGAAUUCAACUCUUGCAGAGUCCGACUACUUGUCCUGUUAUAGAUAAAAUUUUCUAGAAGCCUCAACAUGCUUGUUAGAAAGCAUUUCUUAUCUGUAUAGAAGCAAAGGAUUAACUAGUGAAAUGAAAAGAUGGAUCAUUUGUUGUCUAUAACAUUAAUUUUAUUUUGCAGGUGUCUAGCAAAGCAGUCUUUACUCCUUUCCUGAAGCCCAUUUUUGUGUAGUGUAGCUUUCAUGCACAGAAUGAAGUGAUAGCUGUUUUAAGGUAGUUUUGCACUUCAGAUAUUCAGAUUAAAUACUCUUGAGUAAUGCAUGUCAUAGAUAUAAAAUGAAGACUUGCAUGGCUGUUCAUUAAUUUUAUUUGUAAAUUUAGUUUACUCACAUACACCAAAAGUUACAUUAGAAGCUUUGCUAAUAUCAGAUAUUUUUUUUUAAGUCGAGGUGUUAGGGCAUAGGUCCAAACUACAUGGAUAUUGCCAUUCAUCUAUUCUAGCUGAUACAACGUUACUCAUUUUAAAGGAGGAAGAUAAAACUAAAUAGCAAAUCCACGAUGCUGGAAGACUCCUUUUCUUUUCAGAAUUAUGAUUGAAAUGCAGUGUCAUAAAGAAUAUGACUAAGUCUUUUUGAGAAAAAAAAUUGUCUGCUGGAACUUCUUAAUGGUAAGUUAUUCCAGAUUUUAUGUUCUGACUUAAAGAUAACAUCACCACAGUUCUAUUUCAGGUCAUCUGGAGGAGAAGAAAAGGAAAUCAUGAAAUAUGGUUUAUCAAUAAAAGGAAUAC